CCUCUUUGAACACUGAAACUAAAUAUAAUCUUAGAGUUGGAUUCGGAAUCCCACCUGCAAAAACGACCUCGUUUUAUUACAUAUCUUCAUCUAUUAAAAACCUUCCCGAUUCCUUUUUUCCUAAACAAUGGGCUUCUUCUGUCCUUGUUUCUGAUCUUCCUUUUUCGUUUUCUUUUUAAGGGCAAGUCCUCUGUUUGAUUGUAUAUAGUUUUUGGAUCAAAGAGAAGGCUUGUGGGAUUUUUGUUCUUCGCCUGAAGAAAGAAGAGAAAAACGCAAAUGGGUUUGAUUUUCGAAAGAGAUGAUGAUGAUAACGACGUUGUUUUGGUUCCGCCGGCGAAUUUUUCUAUGGUGGAAGAUGGCAUUUUCAGAUCUGCCCUUCCUCAACCCCCCAAUUUUCCUUUCCUUGAAACUCUAAAUCUCCGAUCCAUCAUAUACUUGUGCUUGGAGCCCUAUCCACAAGAGAAUAUGGAGUUUCUCCGUGCUCAUAAUAUUAAACUGUUCCAGUUUGGAAUUGAGGGGAAGACGGAGCCUUCUGUAUCUAUUCUGAAGGAUACCAUAAUGGAGGCUCUGAAAGUCUUAAUUGAUGUGAGGAAUCAUCCAGUUCUGAUUCAUUGCAAACGUGGAAAGCAUCGGACGGGUUGUCUUGUUGGUUGCUUUAGAAAACUGCAAAAUUGGUGCUUGGGUUCUGUGUUCGAGGAAUACCAACAUUUUGCUGGUGUGAAAUCAAGAAUUAAUGAUCUGAAAUUCAUCGAGGCCUUCGAUGUGAGUUGCCUGAGACAGUGUCUCUACAGCAUUAUAUACCAAUACCAUGGAUAUGGUUCAAACAAGAGGCGUUUACUUUAUAGAGAAGACAAUAUACAGAAGCAAAUCAAGUCAAAUUAGGAACUACAAUUUUUUUUUUUUUCAAUUUGGUUCCUAAUCACAACAUACAAACAUUCUCUUAAAUGAUAGAUAAUAUUGGACAUGUUUUAAAAUCUAAUUACUUUUAUAUACAAUCUUAUCUCUUUGUUUCUU